AUGGAAAUUUCCAGCUCACCAUGGAACGAUGGCGGAUACAGCCCUUAUGAGAAAAACAGAGUCGCCGUAUCACCGUUUUCAUCACCUUUGGAAGGCGAAGAACGAAUAGAAACCUCUCGAUCUUUGGGUGACCAUUGUUUUGAACCUUUGCCAUACGUGACAAACUACCUUUCUGUUUUUGCGCUUUUUGGUAAGGAGAUGUUUGGUGAUAAAGGAAAUGUUAGCUCAAGAAAUGAAUAUUUGCUGAAAAAAUACUAUUCGUUGAAAAAGCCAUUUGUAUUACGACAUAACGGGCAUUCGUUGAAGAAUCCAGACAUGCCGCCCCAGAGGAAUGACAUCUUGCAGACCAAUUUCAUGGUUGACAAAUUUCUGAAUCGUACGGUGCGGUCAGUGAAUUUCAAUAAUUUUAAAAUAAUAUCCGAUAUGCAAAGCAAAAGUGCUCGAGGAACAAAGACAGGUACAAGUCAGGAUCAAGGUUCCGACGCUAUCCAAAAUAUUUGCUUACCAUCUAUACCGUCCGCGUUGCCUUAUUUUCAAUAUUAUAGGAAGUUGCUGACGGUAAAUACCAAGGAAUGGGAUAUUUUGAAGCUGCACAGUUUAUGGGUACCGAAUCUAAGGAAAAAUUUUAAAGAUUUUUCGUUGCAUGGUGAAAGAAACCCUUCAAAGGCAACGGAUGAUAACUAUGACGAAGAUAUUAUUAUGAAAAAAAAUCUUUUUUUUGAAAGAUCUCCAGGUCAACAGACUCUAGAUGGUAAAGGUUAUGUCUCUAAAGGAUAUGAGAUUUCUUCUGGUAAUUUGGUUAUCCCGUCCCUAUUUUCUGAAGAUAAGCUGCCGGCAUUAACUUAUCAUUGUUCUGUCGAACUAAAUGGAAACAUUUACAUAUUGGGAGGGUUAAUGCCAUGCUACAGCUAUGAAGAGGAUGCGCCGAUGCUGAACGAUUUUUUUGUAGACGGGAUAAAAAACUUACCUCCACCCUUAUUACCUCAAGUGAUCAAUAAUCCAUCAAUGGUUAAUAACCCACAUCUUUAUGUCGCUUCUAUACCAUCAUGUCGAUUUAGCACACCUAAGAUGAGAGGUUAUAUACCACCUCCAUUGCUGUGUGUUCAAGGGUCCAGAUUAACAGACCGACAUAUUUUCUUUUACGGCGGAUUUGAGAUCAGGACAGAAACCCGUGGUGAUGAAAAUGGGAAAUAUCAUCUCAAAAAAAGAUUAUAUGUGAAUAAUACUGGCUACAUUCUUGAUAUUGUGUCAUUCAAGUUUACUAAAAUAGAUAUCAUAGUACAACCUUCUAAGUAUAAUGCAUAUCCGACGAUGUCAUCGAGGUUUGGUCACUUACAAAUUUCUAUUGAUAAUCCAAAUAGGAGAAAUAGCGUUCAUUCGGCAAGCAUGAAUGAUGGUCAUAAAAUGGGAAGUGUCCCUAUGAAACAAGGUACCAGCAUCACUUCGGGGCGACUCGAAAAAGCAGCGGUACUUUCAUCAUUACCCCACAGUAAUACGGCGCCUUAUUGCAUGCACACAAUUAUAAUAUUCGGUGGCUACAGACAAACCGGCGAUGAUCGUUACGAAGCAAUGAAUGAUUUGUGGAAAAUUGAGGUACCUGUGAUACGUCGUGGUAAGAAAGGCUAUUGUAAGUUUUCAGAGACAGCUAAUGCGGUACUGCUGACACCAAGGGAAAAGGACAAAUUAGACUGGCCUGAAGAAAGAGCUUUUGCUGCCUUUUCUGUUCAUGGUACAUCGUUGAUGGAUAGGAGUUCUCUUGAUAUGAAACUUUUGGGCAAUUUAAAAAAGCAUUUUAUUUUAAAACCGUCAUAUAUAUCGCAGGAUCGCGUUGUUAGUCCUAAACCUGUUUUCCCCAUGAUGGUUCAUGGCAGGCAUCAAGAUCUUUUCAAUAAUGGCACUGCGGCGCAAGAAUCACCCACAUCUGGUGUCUCUGCCAGUAGUGCAGGUACCGAUGAUAGCUUUGAUCCCGGUAUCAACCAUGAUUUUGACAAUUUCAUAGUAAAGCAGGGGAUAAAAUCGUCUUCUAUUCCCAUGACUACCAUUGGGAGACAGAGAUUGAUUUUGAGUCAAGAGAAGUCUGUGGGUAAAACUAUUGUAUUGCAUGGCGGGUCCAACGGUCAUAAUGUUCUUGACGAUAUGUGGCUGAUGGACUUGGAGUGUGAGACAUGGACUCCAAUAGAGACAUUUGUAAGGGUGGAUCCGAGCGAAAACGGCGAUGAAAGAUUGGAUAGCGUCAACGUGGGUCUAGUUGGCCACAGAAUGGAAAGCAUUGGACGAAUAUGUGUAUGUAUAGGUGGUAUGGUACAAGAGGAUGUUGACCAGUUUUACUCGGGGGAUGACGAUGAGCCUCCUCGAAAACGCAGUUCCGGCACAUUGCCGUUGGGUUGUAAUUUUUUGAAUACAAUUGAUUUAAGCACGCAAUGUUGGGAAGAACAUAAAAUUACUCUAUCCAAGAAGGAAGAAGAUGGGGAUGGACAAGAUAAUGAAGAUGACAACGCCAAUCCGAACAUAGUGGUUGGUUUCGGUGGUACUUCUUUGCAGUGCGACAAGAGUAUUAUUUUAAUUGGCGGACUAAUGUCCAGGAGGAGUAAUCUAAAAGAAAUAUAUUUGCACGGCACCAUAUCUAAAAGUAUUUUUCCAAGUGUAAACCCUAGUGCUUAG